AUGAGUGACCCCACGAACCCACAUAUCAAAGAGCGCACCACACCCCAAUGGGGUCUCUACCAGCGCGAGCAAUUCUGGAAACAAAAUGAAGGAAAAACACCAUUAUUCAAUACGGACCCUCGAAAAAUGGAAGAAAGAGCUAAAGAGAAGCUCAGCGAAGGCGGCUGGUACUACGCCUCCUCCAAUGCCGGAAUGUCCAACACCCACCUGGUAAACCGACAAGCCUUCUACAGACACCGUAUAAUCCCUAACCAACUCAUCGACACUAACAACCGCGACACCACAACGACAAUCUUCGGCCACAAAGUCUCAGCACCAAUCGGCUUCGCCCCAAUAGGAAUCAACAAGAUCUACCACCCCUCCGGCGAAGCCGCCGUCUCCAAAGUCGCCGGGGAGCUAAACCUGCCCUACUGCCUCUCGACGGCAGGUAGCACCUCGAUCGAGAAAGUGGCGGAAGCAAACGGGUCCGGACCGCGCUUCUACCAACUCUACAUGCCGCAUGACGACGAGCUUACGGUUUCGCUCCUGACGCGCGCAUGGGAAAACGGGUUCGACGCCCUCAUUCUCACGACGGAUACGUGGCAGCUUGGCUGGCGACAUGACGAUGUUGCGUCGUCGAAUUAUGCGUUUUACCGCGGGUUUGGGGCGGAUCUUGGUCUUACGGAUCCUGUUUUCAGGAAGAGAUGCGCUGAGGCUGGAAUCGAUCCUGAUGUCGAUGUUGUUGCUGCUAGUGCAAAGUGGAUUGAUUCUGUUUGGCAUGGAAGGGCUUGGUCUUGGGAGAAGAUUCCUUGGUUGAUGGAGACCUGGAAGCGGAUUAGUGGUGGGCGGCCGUUUGCUAUCAAGGGCAUCCAGUCGGUGCGGGAUGCGAGGAAGUGUGUUGAGCUGGGGGUGGAUGGGAUUGUCGUUAGUAAUCAUGCUGGGCGACAGGUUGAUGGGGCGGUUGCUAGUCUUGAUGCUUUGGAGAGGAUUGCUCAGGACGUUGGUGACAAGAUCUUCGUUAUGUUUGAUUCGGGGGUGAGGGGGGCGAGUGAUGUUGUUAAGGCGCUUGCGCUUGGUGCGAAGUUUGUGUUUGUGGGUAGGCUUUGGAUUUGGGGAUUGAGUAUUCAUGGCGAAGAUGGGGUGAGGCAUGUCAUGAAGUCCUUGCUGGCAGAUUUGGAUAUUCUGAUGGGUGUUGCUGGGUUCAACUCGGUUGAGGAGUUUGAUCAGACUAUGCUUGAGUCGGACCCGAAGAACUAUUCACUCAUUUCACAGAAGACGUUGUAA